AUGUCUGCAAAUUGCAAGGAUACACCUCUUGCCGUGUCUGGAACGGGCCAUUCUCUGCAGGCAUACAUUUUGUAUAGGUUCUUCCCAGCGACACUCUGCUUUGCUUCAUGGCUGAUCUUUGGAAGUGGUACCGGCUGGUAUGAUCAAUCCCUCACGGAGUGCGUCCUGGAGGAACUUGACUUCCACACCGACGAUUCCAAGAAUGUCCAGUAUUGGUGGUGCGUCGACGGUGGUGCCCAAGAGAUCGCAAAGAGGAUGGCUGUCAAGGCCAAGAAGCGUAUCGAGUACAACACCUGCGUCCAAUCGAUCGACGCCCAAGUGCCGCUACGUAAACCUAAUCAGUUUACGGCGAUGAAGCUUCACACCGUCAGAACUGAUCCAAAGACCCACAAGGUCGAGGCCAAGGACAGGGAGUAUUUCGCUGUCCUCAACAGCACCACUCUUGCUGCCCUGCAACGUAUGGAUCUUCGCCAUGCCGGUCUAUCCUGGGGCACCAAGCAGGCCAUAAGAGCUCUCGGGUACGGUGCUUCUGCCAAGGUUGGCAUGAAAUUCCGAACUGCAUGGUGGCAGAAGGAGCCAUUUGGCAUCAAGAAGGGUGGAAUAUCACGAACUGACCUGCCCCUGCGAGUCUGCGUGUAUCCUUCAUACAACAUUGAGGCGAAUGAGGGCCCGGAUAAGUGGGAUCCUGAGAUGCCAGCUGUCCUUCUAUGCUCGUAUACCUGGGGUCAGGAUGCGCAACGCAUUGGCUCUCUUUGCUCCAACAACACGGGUCACGACGACAAGGAGCUCAAGAGGCUGAUCAUUCAUGACCUGGCUCGACUUCACGCCAGAGAGGAUUUUCCCUUUGAGAAGUUGGUUGAGCAUCUUGAGGAACAAUAUGUCGACCAUCACGGCUACGACUGGUACAGAGACGAGCACAUGUCAGGUGCAUUCGCUUACUUCGGUCCCGGCCAGUUCUCCAAUAUGUGGCAAGAAAUCAUCAAACCCAACUCGUUUGGCCAGCUUUACCUCGUCGGAGAAGCCGCCUCUUCCCACCACGCGUGGAUUGUCGGUGCGCUCGAGAGUGUCAUCCGAGCCGUAUACGUUAUGUUCCAGGGUCUCCAAAAUGGUAACCCGGAGUACGAAGCGUACAGCAUUGUGCUGGAUUUGCUGAAGCAGGCUCCCAAAAAUGAGGAUGAGAAGAAUGAGUUUGAGGAUAUUGGUAAACCCUUGAAGAAGGACGGUGACAUGCCCACCGGAUUGCCUUUUCAUCCCCUUCCUGAGGAAAUGCCUACCACACAGCUUUGCACGCCCAAGGGCGCUCCUUUGACCGACAAUCCUACCGAUGAGGCCGAGCAUGAUGAAGUGGAUAUGACUUACGGUGCUGCGUUGGCUGUUUUGAGUUUGAUUGAGAGUUUCUUCGAGUUGGGACUGGACAAGCAGUAG